AUGUCUAUCUCCACGGUUAAGGAAUCUGAUGCGCCUGCUCUCAGUCUCAUUGCUGCACAUUCCCAUAUCUCGGGGCUUGGGCUUGAUGAGAACCUACAACCCCGUGAAGUGGCCCAAGGGAUGGUUGGGCAAUUGAACGCCCGUAAGGCGGCAGGUAUCAUUCUUAAGAUGGUUCAACAAGGUAGUAUUGCUGGUCGUGCUGUUUUGAUUGCUGGUCCGCCAUCCACUGGUAAAACCGCCCUUGCCAUGGGUCUUUCUAACAGCUUGGGUAAAGAUGUGCCAUUCACCGUGCUUUCGGCAUCAGAAAUUUACUCUUUAGAACUUAGUAAAACCGAGGCAUUGAUUCAAGCGUUCCGUAAAUCUAUUGGGGUAAGAAUCAAGGAAGAAACAGAGAUUAUUGAAGGGGAGGUUGUGGAAAUCCAAAUUGACCGUUCAUUAACUGGUGGUCACAAGCAAGGGAAGUUGACAAUUAAGACCACCGAUAUGGAAACCAUUUACGAAUUGGGUAACAAGAUGAUCGAUAGUUUAUCAAAGGAAAAAGUUAUUGCUGGGGAUAUUAUUUCUAUAGACAAAGCCAGUGGUAAAAUCACAAGAUUGGGACGUUCAUACACUAGAGCCCGUGAUUACGAUGCCAUGGGACCAGACGUGAAAUUUAUUCAAUGCCCAGAAGGGGAACUUCAAAAGAAAUCGGAUGUUGUUCAUACUGUCUCGUUACAUGAUAUCGAUGUCAUCAAUUCUAGAUCACAAGGAUUCCUUGCGCUCUUCUCUGGUGACACUGGUGAAAUCCGCCAAGAAGUUCGUGAUCAAAUCAAUAUCAAAGUUGCCGAAUGGAAAGAAGAAGGGAAAGCCGAAAUUAUUCCAGGGGUGUUGUUCAUCGAUGAAAUUCAUAUGUUAGACAUUGAAUGUUUUUCAUUCUUGAAUAAAGCCCUCGAAGAUGACUUUUCACCAAUCGUGAUGAUGGCCACCAACCGUGGUAUUUCUCAAACCAGAGGCACUAAUUACAAGACCCCUCAUGGCUUACCAGCGGAUUUAUUGGAUCGUUCCAUUAUUAUCUCCACCUCCAAUUACAAUGCCAAUGAAAUGAAGACGAUUCUUGGUAUCAGAGCCAAAGAAGAGGAAGUGGAAUUAUCCAAUGAUUCGUUAGCAUUGUUGACAAAAAUCGCCGAGGAGACCAGUUUAAGAUAUGCUGCCAAUUUGAUCAGUGUGUCCAACCAAAUUGCUAUUAAAAGAAGAGCGACUACUGUGGAAAUCCAAGAUAUUAAGAAAUCAUAUACCUUAUUCUUAGACGCUAGACGUUCGGUGCAAUUUUUGGAACAAUUUUCAGACCAAUACAUUGAUGAUAAAGGGUCAGUGGCAUUGAGUAGAAGUGGGGUUGUUCCAAUGGAUACUUCUGCCUAA